ACUGUAAAUAGUAAAUAUGUAUAUACGGCAUAAAGCAAAUAAUACCGUUUAGAUACAUAGAAAACUUCAAGUAAUGUUAACUAUAGUCAAAUAUUGUUGUUAUUUAAACCUAAGUACUUACCAAAAACGCCAUCAACUAUUCACUUCCAUAUAUUUAAAAUUAACCUAAUUGUUAUUGUGAUAUUUAUUGUAACAUUAAAAUGGAUAGCAUUGUAUCUGAUCUUACUGAAUUGAAAGUAUCAGCAUUAUCAAAGUCUAAGGAAAUAAACAAAUUUGUUAAAGAUGUGACCAUAGGACCCAACUCUUUGAAACAUGAAAAAACCACUGUAAGUCAAACAACAGAAAUUAAAAGUGUAGAUAAAGUAGACAAAAAUGCAGUCAUCUCUAAUGCUAUUAGUACAUAUUCUCCUUUCAAAGAAAUUUAUAAAAACUUUGAAAGGCAAAGAGUUGAGACGAUUCAAGAAGCAAUUCAACUUCACCGUGAGAGAUUUCUUCUUUUCAACCGUGAGCAAAAAUUGCAACAGAAAAAAUCAUGGUUGGAAAAGAAGCAAUUGAUAGUGAACAACAUGCAGCAACAGGAAGUUAUUAUAAUGCAAGCUAUGCAGCAACAUGAGAUUGAUUCAUCUAAGCAGCAUGAACAAUUGUUAAAGUACUACCAGGAAAUUGCAGAGAAAAGAAAGAAAAAUGAUAAGCAAAUACAGGAGAAGGAAGAGAAGCAUAGACAUUUGACCAACCUUAUUGAAAAGAUAUUUACAAUUCAGCAAGAGUUCAGAAAAAUCUACACAGAGCUAUUGGAUACUUUAAAGACAUGUUCUGAAGAAAUGAAAGGUACAUUAAGUGAAUAUUUGCAACAAUUGAAAAGUCUUCCACCGCUUAUGGACGAGAUUAUAAAUAAAUGUAAAAGUAAUAAUGUAUGUGAAGACGACGUUGUAAUAUGUUCCGAUCUGUAUGAGAUGGCUAAGAAGUUGAAAGAUGCUAUAAAUAACAAUAUUGCUGAUCAUAAUAGGCAAGUUGAUGAGCAGAAUGCAAAGGAUCAAGAAAAAACAGAAUUGGCAAGACUUGCAGCUGAAGCUCAAGCCAAAGAAAGUAAAUCUGCAAGUGAUGCUGCAAUCAAAGAUAAUUUUAAGUUUGAUUUUGUUAGCAAGACUGCCUUGAAAACAUAUUCAGAUCUUCACGUAUUUUUGGAAAACUAUGUAGCUGGAUAUGCAGAUCUUGAAAAUAAUCCAGCAAACAAGACAUUAAAAUUUGACCUGAAGAAAGCUAUAAACACACCAGUAAAUUCAAUUUCAGAUGUUAGCUGUCAUCAUUUAACUGACAAAUAUAAUAAAUUGAAUGCAUUACUUUCAGGGCAGCCAAUUCAAAUGGGAGAUAGCAAUAUUAUUGCUACCAGACAUCCUCAGGGUAUAGCAUUUGCUAUGGACUUAUUAGCUAAGAAAUUUGUAUUGCAAGGAGAAAUUAUCUCUAGUAAUGCUGUAGCAGCUUACCCUUAUGCAACUACAAUUCUUUCUCUUUGGAAUAAUUUUCCUGAUUUUGGAAAACUGUUUAUGGCGCAUUUGCACAGUGAAUGUCCAUAUAUUGUUCCUAUUUAUUUCCCAAAAACUGUUGAUCAAAGUGAUCAAGAAUACUAUCAGUGUUUGGGAUAUAAGUAUUCAGAUGGUGUUGUUGAAACACAAGAUAAAUUUUUGAAGAGAAUGACUGGCAUCAUGAGGCUGUAUUGUGCUAUUUUAAUAUCGCACCCUAAAUCCAACCAGACAACACAUCCACAUGACUUGACAAAUGGGUGGAGAUGGUUCACAAACAUAUUAAACUUGCAACCUUGUAUUGAUAUAACUGCCACUUUGAUACACAUUUUUCUGGAAGUCUGUGGCUAUUCCAUGUUAAAAACAUACAAAAAUCAGUUCAGGAAAACACUGGAGUUUUUAAUGGACAAUUAUUUGCAUGUUUUGAAGAAGAUUGAUACUGGAGGACCUGUAACUAGGUUGGAACUUUUAUUGCAGGAAUAUAAAAAAUCGGGUAUGAUAAUGCCUCCAACAGGAUUAAUUUCAAAACAUUUUUGGUAAUUUUUUGUCAUCUUUUAUUUAAACAUGUGUAUAUAA